CAACAUCUCUCCAACUGUUCCGUUAAGCGAGUCGACGCACUUCGGCAUAGUUGUCGCCAGAAAGGAGGAGAAAGGAAAGGAAGCCAUGUCCUACACUAAGUUCGCAGCAUCUGUCGCACGGACAAACUCGGCCAGUUUCAAGAAUAUUCGCAUUUCACCUGCAAGAUGUCGGUCGACGGCUGCAUCUACCAAGAGCCAGGAAGAGAAGGGCCCACAGAUGGAGCAGUGUGCAGUGGUGGAGGCUGCGCAGGUUGAACUCAUCAGCCAAAACAAAAGUGUCAGAAACACGCAAUUAGAAAAAGUUCACGUCGACUUUGACAACACUCAGGAGGCCUACAAAAGCAAGCGUAACAUUGAACUCCUCCGAAGUCUGCUCGUUUUCAAGCUUUGUUCUAUUGACAUACUUGUUGAAAAAAACAAAGAGUUGAUCGAACUGAGCAGGAAGCUGUUUGGUCAGCGCCUGUUUGAGAAGCUGAUGAAAAUGACCUUCUAUGGCCAGUUUGUGGCAGGUGAAGACCACAACUCCAUCAAACCUUUAAUCCAUAAAAAUCAGGCAUUUGGUGUGGGUGCAGUUUUGGACUACAGCGUUGAAGAAGACUUGACACAAGAAGAGGCAGUGAAGAAGGAAAUGGAUUCCUGCGUUUCUGAGGCAGAGAAAGAAAGUCCAGGUACUGAUCAUCGUGAGAAGAAGUACAAGGCCCAUCGUCAGUUUGGGGACAGACGAGGAGGAGUCAUCAGUGCUCGCACCUACUUCUAUGCAGAUGAAGCGAAAUGUGACAAGCAAAUGGAUACAUUCAAAAACUGCAUUAAAGCCUCUGGUGGCGCUUCUUAUGAUGGAUUUUCUGCCAUCAAAAUGACUGCACUGGGACGCCCACAGUUCCUUCUCCAGUUUUCAGAGGUCCUCGUUAAAUGGAGACAAUUCUUUAACUUCCUUGCAGCACAACAGGGAAAAUCUGAUAUGAGCGUUUUGGAACAAAGGCUGGAAUUGGAGCAGCUCAAGGACAAUUUGGCUCAGCUGGGAGUUGGAGCCAAGGAUGAUAUUGAGAACUGGUUUACAGGAGAGAAACUGGGAUUGUCAGGAACAAUAGAUCUGCUGGACUGGAACAGCUUGAUGAAUGAUACAACAAAAAUGUCCAGUCUCUUGAUGGUGCCAAAUCUUGAGACAGGCCAUCUGGAGCCUUUGCUGAAUAAAUUUACAUCAGAAGAGGAGAGCCAGAUGAAGAGAAUGUUGCAGAGAGUGGACAUUCUGGCUAAGCAUGCUGUGGAGAAUGGCGUGAGACUGAUGGUGGAUGCCGAACAGACAUACUUCCAACCAGCCAUCAGCAGACUGACCCUGGAGAUGCAGAGGAGGUUCAACAGAGAGAAGCCAGUGAUUUUCAACACUUACCAGUGUUACCUCAAGGACGCUUAUGACAAUGUUACUGUGGAUGUUGAGUUGUCUCGACGGGAGGGCUGGUACUUUGGUGCCAAACUUGUUCGCGGAGCUUACAUGUACCAAGAGAGAGCAAGAGCCCAGGAAAUUGGCUACGAAGAUCCAAUAAACCCAGACUAUGAGGCCACUAACAGGAUGUAUCACAAGUGUUUGGAUUAUGUACUGGAAGAGAUUGAGCACAGCCGGAAAGCAAAUAUAAUGGUUGCAACCCACAACGAGGAUACAGUGGAGUUCACGCUUGAAAAAAUGAAUGAAAUGGCUCUGUCACCCACUGAGAACAAGGUUUACUUUGGACAGCUGCUUGGCAUGUGUGACCAGAUCAGUUUUCCACUAGGUCAAGCAGGUUUUCCAGUUUACAAGUAUGUUCCAUAUGGGCCCGUCAAUGAGGUAAUUCCUUAUCUGUCUCGUCGUGCCCAAGAAAACCGUGGCUUCAUGAAGGGAUCCCAGAGAGAGCGCAGCCUACUGUGGAAAGAGCUGAAACGCAGACUCCUGGGGGGACAGGUUUUCUACAAACCUGUCUACUGAGUGACAGGAGCCCAACCUGCCGACUAUAACAUGUUUGUAAACAUUCCAUCUUUCUAAGUGUGCCAGUAACUGCUCUUUGUUAGGGAAGGUUAUGGUUGCUAAUCUGCACUGUAUUGGUAAAACAUAUUUAUAUUUUGCUGAUGGGUAUUUGAAGUUGGGGUGCUUGAGUGUAGUAUGGUUUUAAAGCACUGUCAUGUUAUGCUAUUACAGCAAGCACAUUGCUGCUGAGUUGUAGGUAAGAACUGUAAAUGUUUGAGAAGUUUAUUCUGUCUGCUUUUCUCUCCUGUAUUAAACAUAUCAAGGUAGUUGCCUCUUAAAAGUGCCUUUAUGAUUAUUUAACAAGUUUACGUGGAGGUAAUCAACUAAAUAAGAACAUGUGAUUGUGUUUCACUCCAGUCCGAGGUGCUUGUAAAUUGGUUUAAUUAUUUUAAUUGCUGCUGUUAUUAGUUGUAUUAGCAAGUUAUAUUGUUUUUAUUGUGGAGUUGAGGUAUAAAAUAAAAUGGCUUGGAUUUGUAGAUUUGUAAUAACUUGUGUACAACUGCUUUUUUCUAAGUUCAAGAACUGUUCCAUCAGUUUAACAACAAGGCUGCUGCUGUGACUUGUUUAGUCUCUUAUUCACCUUUUGCAUUCAAGUCACUUGAACAAAGAGCUAAUAAAAAUUGAAAAUGUGUCCUGCAAGCAUUCAUACUUUCUGUGCAACAAGCUCAAAAAUGAUUUGUGAUCCAUUUCAAGGAUAAUUCAUACUUAACUUUUUUUUUUAAUUAUUGGCAUAGAUGGUAUGAACUUAGGUUUUCUAGGAAGAACAUUUAUUAUAUGUCAAAGCUGAAAGCAUACAUCUUGUAAUGUGUAUUUUAAAAUGAUUUGAAAACAAAGUUACUGCUAUAGUUUUCUUGGAAGUCUCCCCCAAGUCAAAGUGUGCAGAAGAGGGAAUCACCUGUGGUUUUGCAGAUGUGUGAUGGGGAAAAAAGUGUUUCCUAUACAUGAUGAAAACAAAACUGCUGAGAACUUCAGGCCGACUAUAGGGGCAGACUAGUACUAUGCCCAAACAAAAAUUAGCGGUGGGAACACCAAUGUUUUGUCUAAUGUAUCAUCCUCUACGCUUUAAUAUCAGUAUACUCCUCCGUUUCAUUGUCAUUCUGCAUUGAGACAUCUGAUGUAUGUUCUGACCCUUUUGCAUGCAACUGUUUAAUUAAAUCU